AUGGAUCCUCUGUCUGUACCAGAGGAACUUCUGGGCUUAAGUUACAUAGAAAAACAACUAAUAGCAAGAAUUUAUACGGUUAUGUCUUUAUACCGCUUUAAAACAUGUCAAUACAAAUACAAAGGCCAUGUGAUAAAUUUUACACAAGAUGUUCAGCAAGUAGCAGAUAAGCUACCACAUUUAGUUGCUGAUCUGAAUAAUGUUAUUAUUGUCAAAUUGCAUGAAAAGAUUUUCCUCCAAGAUUUUGUUGUUAGAAAAGAUAAGGUUUUGAACGCUUUAUUAUGGUUGAAACAGCAUAAUCCUAACUAUUCAGACCUAGUCAUUGAUUAUGAAAGAGUAAACUUACUACCAGUCAAUGACAAUGUUUACAAUCAGUUAAAAACUUUAGAUGAAGACAAUAAUACAAAAACACUAGGUGACUAUCUGUCUGAAGCAAAUAAUGCCACUGAUUCUGAAGAUGAUUCGGAUCAAGAUGAAAAUGAUGAUAUUAAUUUAUCUUUCACUGAUGUACCAGAUAUUUUAAACUCAUCACUCAAAAAGUCAAUUGAUAAGGUAUUGAUUUGGCCCUCUAUAGGUAAAACUCCUGUAAAUGAAUUUAGUUCACCAGGUUUUCUAUCUAUGGCUUUUCCUCAUUUGUACCCCUAUGGUAAAGGAGACUUUUCUAUGCCACGGGAAAAAAAAAUUCACCUAAAGGACUACAUCAAACAUUUAAUGUUAUACAAAGAUCAAAGAUUUGCUCAAGAUGAAAGAUUCCGAUACUUCAUAAUGAAUAGUGAAAUGAGGUGGGCAGCACUGAAUAUAGGAAAUAUUUACGUGAAAAAAAAUAGUUUCUUCUCUAAAAUGUCUGUUAUACAACUUAAAGAUUUUUUGAAAAAAAAUCCAGCUAUGGUUAACCAAGUCAUGCAUUUUGGUUCACGAUUGAGAACAACAAAAAGUUACUGGAAGUCAAGAUGUGGAGAGUUGUUGGAUAUGGUUAACCAAAUAGGUACACCGACAGUUUUCUUUACACUGAGUAGCGCGGAUUUUCAAUGGCCAGAUUUGUAUAGAUUACUUGGUCAUGAUGUCAAAUCAUUGUCUGUUAAGGAAAAGUCCGAUUUACUAUCCAAAAAUUCUUUAAUAGCAGAUAGUUUUUUCUAUGCAAGGUCAAAAUUUUUUUUAGAAAAAUCCUUUAAAAACCACUUCAAUGUAACUGAUAUCUGGUAUCGAUAUGAGUUCCAGCACAGGGGCUCAAUCCACGUACAUGGCCUCGCUUGGUUUAAAAAUGCACCUAAAAUCACAAAAGGUAUGACAGACAAAGAAAAAAAAACUGUUCUAGAAUACUACACAAAUCUAAUAUCAUGUGAUAACCCUGAUGUUAAUUUGACACCAUCAAUGAUACAUCCAUGUCAGUUGUCAUUAGAUGACAUUGACGACUUUGACUAUGACAUGUCGCAGUUAGUGAAUUACCUUCAAAGGCAUACAAAAUGUCGUAAAGAUCAUUGUCUCAGGAAAACAUCCAAAACCAAAACAUUAACAUGUCGAUACGGAUUCCCAAAAGAUUUAGUUCAAGAACCAGAAUUAAUUUUCAAAGGUGAUGAAGUUGUUGAUAUUAUGUUUUCCAGAAACGAUAACUUUGUCAACAAGUACAAUGAAUGGAUUUUGCAAACAUGGAGAUCAAACAUAGAUGUCUCACCUAUACUUAGUCAAGGUAUAGUGUACAAAUACAUUGCAAAGUACGCAUCAAAAUCAGAGCCUAAAUCACUAUCUUACAAUGAGAUUUUGUCUGCUAUUAUUGAAAAAAAGUGUGAAGCUGCAGACCCUUGCAAAAAAGCAAUAAGGAAAUUACUGUUAUCAUCUUGUGGAGAUAGAGACUAUUGUGCCCAAGAAGUUUUUCAUUAUUUAAUGGGGUAUAAAUUUUAUCAUAGCUCAAGAGAUUUUGUAGUCAUUAACUUAAGAUGCAUAGAUUGGGUUAAUGUAAGUUCUGUGUUUAACAACAGUAAUCUAAUUGAGAUGUACUCAAAAAGACCUCAGGAAUUUGGUAAACUUUCCCUAUUUGAGCUCUUAAAAUAUUACAAAAUCUUAUCAGGGUCUUGGGUUCACAGAAAAAAAAAGGGUGCCAUUGUUAGAUAUUUCCCUAGACCUGUUAAAAAUGAAAACAAAGCUACUUUUUAUGAAUACAUGUCUCAAAUAUUUUACCCAUGGAGAAUGAUUGAUGAUGUUGAGUAUGUGAAUGAGGAAAUGAUGAUGCACACAGACAAUCUCAUUCAUAAAUUUAUCAACAAAAAUAAAACCCAGGUAAUAGAUCACAUUGACACUGAGAGUAGUAGUGAUUCUGAUUCUGAUUCAGAAAAAAGUAUGCAACAUUCAAAAAACUUAUCAGAUAAUGAAAGUGUGCUAAGUAACUUUAACCCAAACAAUGUACACAAGAAUAUAGAUAUUGAAACGUCCCAAAAAAAUCAAUGGGAUAAGUUAUCAGGUAAAAUUACCAUUGAAACAGUUCAAUCAGUUAAUGAAAUGUUAAAGACUUACUUUUAUGAACAAGACCAAACAGACUAUGAUGUUAAACUAUUGAAUCAUGAACAAAAAAAAGUAUUUGACUUUAUUUCUUCAUUAACUAUUGACCGUAAAACCAAAAAGGUGAUGACUUCACAGUUUUGUAUAGUGCAAGGAAUGCCUGGUACUGGAAAAACUUAUCUACUUAAAAUGUGUGUAAAACAUUUACAAUACAACUUAGGACAUUCAGCUGUAAAAGUAGUAGCACCAACUGGUGUUGCUGCAAAACUUGUAAACGGUAAUACAAUUCAUUCAUUCUUAUCUUUAGGUCGAUAUGGCUUCAAUGUAGAUUCACUUAGCGGCAUUGACCUACAUUCUUUUAAAGAAAAACAUGAAGGCCUAAAGUUCUUAUUCAUUGAUGAAUGUUCUAUGGUUGGAUUGAGAAUGUUAGCCUGCUUAGAAAAAAGAUGUCGAGAGUUAACUGAUGAUUCAAAAACUUUUGGAGGCCUCCAAGUUUUUUUCUUUGGAGAUUAUAACCAGCUUUGCCCAAUUGGUGAUCAACCCCUCUAUAGUGAGACAAAUAUUUAUUCUCAAAACAAUAGUUUACUUGAAAGAGGUAAAUUACUUUUGAACGAGAUUACCAAUGUUUUCAUCUUAAACAUUUGUCAUCGGUUUGCAAACCAAGAAUAUGUAGAGUUUUUGAAAAGAGUCAGUGUAGGACGGUGUGUUGAAGCUGAUGUCUUAUCUUUUCGCAAGAGAUGUAUCAAUCGUUUAAGCAAUGAUGAAAAACAAACCUUUAAAAAUUCAUUGUAUAUUACAUCCACUAAUGAAAGAGCAUUUGAACUCAAUAUGAGCAGAUUGAAAGACUUGAAUGAACCAAUAGCUUUUCUUAAGGCUCAAAAUAACAACAAGGUUGCAUUUUUAUCAUCAGACGACUUAGCUGAUGGUCUUGUCAAUGUUCUGUAUAUUUCAAAAAAUUCUAAAGUUAUGUUGCGCAAAAAUCUCAACAUUUCUAGAGGUUUAGUUAAUGGGGCUAUUGGUAUUGUGAGACACAUUAUUUAUGAAAAGAACAAACAACCACCAUCUUUACCAAUGUGUGUUCUGGUACAAUUUGAGUCUGUUGUACUUCAUGACUUAAAGAUAAAAUAUGUUCCAAUUGUUCCUCACCUAACUAGUUGGUACAAGAAUGGAAUUUUGUGUUCUCGCUAUCAACUACCUUUAACUUUAUGCUGGGCAUGUACAAUUCAUAAGUCCCAAGGGUUAAGUUUAUUAUCUGUCAUUUUAGAUGCUGGUACUUCUGAAUUUGCCCUGGGAUUAUUGUAUGUUGCACUCUCUCGAGUGUCUGAUAAAAAAAAUCUAUGUCUAAUCAGUUACCUCACUUUAGAAAGAUUAAAUUCAGUAAAAAAGUCUGUUCGAUUUAGGCUAAGAAGAAAAUUCUUGCAUAAGCUUAAAAGAAUAGCAAAUUUGUAA